AUGAAUCGACGCUACGAUAAUAAGCCACCGCCACUGGCGGUUUCCUCAAAGGAGAAGAAGAAGAAGCAUUUCGUCAACCACACAGCUCCCACCACUCCUGGAAACCACGAGAGGACUCAAGCCAGUCCAGCGCUAUCACCAGCUCGAUCACACGAAUUGAUCAGAGACUCUGAUGAUAAGCUUAGCUACGAGAUUUUCUCCAUUCUCGAGAGCAAGUUUCUCUUCGGUUACGAAGACCCUAGGCUCUCAUGGAUCCCUCGUAGUCCGUUACGACCUGGUCCUGAUUCUUCCGAUGCAGGACCUUCUCCUAGAUCACCGUUGACUCCAAACGGCGUCGUUCUCCCGGGAACGCCGUCUUCUUUCCGGAGUCCGAGAGGGAGAAUCUGCGUUUUGAGCAUCGACGGCGGAGGGAUGAGAGGUCUUUUGGCGGGAAAAUCCUUAAUCUAUCUCGAGAAGAUGCUGAAGGAGAAAUCCGGCGAUCCGAACGCUCGGAUCGCGGAUUACUUCGACGUCGCCGCGGGAUCAGGAAUCGGAGGAGUUUUCUCGGCGAUGAUGUUCGCGACUAGAGACGGUAACCGCCCGAUUUUCAAGGCGGAGGACACGUGGAAGUUCCUAGUUGACAACGCAGAGAGUUUCUACCGAUCAUCCCCCGGAAGCGGAGGAGCAGGAGCGGCGAUUAAACGCGUCAUGAGAUCCGGAUCAUCCUCUUCCUCCUCUUCCGUAACCGCCGCGUCAGCGAAGCUAGAGAAAGCAAUGAAAGCUUCGUUCGCAGAUCUGACGCUCAAAGACACUUUGAAACCGAUUCUCAUCUCUUGCUACGAUCUCUCCAGCACCGCGCCGCUUCUCUUCUCACGCGCCGACGCGCUAGAGAGCGACAGUUUCGAUUUCCGUCUCCGAGAUAUUUGUCGCGCCACGUGGGCGGAGCCGGGGACGUUCGAUCCCGUUCGCACGUGUUCCAUAGACGGGAAAACGCGGUGCGUUGCGGUUGGAGGUGGGCUCGCGAUGAGUAAUCCGACGGCUGCGGCGAUUACGCACGUGUUUCAUAAUAAACAGGAGUUUCCGGCGGUUAUGGGGGUGGAGGAUAUGUUGGUGUUGUCGCUUGGGACUGGUCAGCUUUUUGAAGUGAAUUAUGAUUACGAGCAAGUUAAAAAUUGGCGGGUAAAAGAAUGGGCCAGGCCCAUGGCGCGGAUCUCUGGUGAUGGUUCUGCUGAGUUUGUUGAUCAGGCUGUUUCUAUGGGCUUUGGGCCUUACAGGAGUAGUAACUACGUUCGCAUUCAGGCAAAUGGGUCGAGGUUAGGAGCUUGUGGGCCGCACGUGGACACGGAUCCAAGAGCAGAGAAUGUGAAGAAACUGACGGAGAUCGCUGAUGAGAUGUUGAAGCAGAACAAUGUUGAGUCGGUGUUGUUUGGAAGCAAAAGGAUCGGUGAAAUGAGUAAUUCAGAUAAACUAGAGUGGUUCGCGAACGAGCUUGUGAUUGAGCAGCAAAGACGAAGUGUUAGUGCGUCACCAACCGUGACGCUGAAGCAAGCUGUGUCCAAAACCAACCGCAAUGCUAUAAACGCAACUCUCACACUCAUCUCCAGAGAAAGAUGA